AUGGAGAGUGCGCCGCAAACCCCCACCACGGCGGCCGCCGGCGAUGUUCUUCGCGUGGCCGACCUCCCGGGGCGCGGUCGCGGUCUCGUGGCCGCCCGCAACGUCCGCGAGGGUGAGGUGCUCCUCUCCGAGCCUCCCGUCCUCCUCUACCCGUCCACCCUCUCCUCUCUCGCCUCCUACUGCUCCGCCUGCUUCCGCUCCCUCCCCGCCGCCGCCACGACUCCCUGCGCUUCCUGCCGCGCCGCCGCCUUCUGCUUCCCGGCCUGCGCCGCCGCUUCGCACCCGCGCCUCCUCUGCGCCGCGCUCUCCCACGGCGGCGGCGCUGCCCUCGCCGCCGCCGCCCCCACCGAGGCGAUCCAAGAGCCACUCCUCUUCCUCCUCUCCGCCUACUCCCUCCCGGAGCCCACCCUCCGCUCCAUCCUCUCCCUCUCCUCGGCGCCGCCUCCGCCCCCGGGCGCGCAGGACGCCGCGGGGCUCCACGCUGCGGUGGCGGCCCUAGCACCGCCGCACAUGCUUCCCCGGGGCUUCUCGGCAGACCUAACGGCGGCGCUCCUCGCCAAGGACCGGGGCAACAGCUUCGCUAUCAUGGAGCCUUACCGCACUGGGAUGUCGCUCGAGCUCCUGAAGGCGCGGGCCUACGCGGUGUACCCCCGUGCUUCGCUGUUCAACCAUGACUGCCUGCCCAAUGCGUGCCAUUUCGAUUACCCCGACAGGCCUGGGCCAGGGAACACUGACAUUGUGGUGCGUGCACUCCAUGACAUACCUGAGGGGAGGGAGGUCUGCAUCAGCUACUUUGCGGCCAAUUGGAGGUAUGCUGAUAGGCAGCGCAGGCUGCUGGAGGAUUAUGGGUUCCGGUGUGAGUGUGAUCGCUGUCAGGUGGAGAGCCAGUGGAAGGAUGAUGAUGAUGAUAACAAUGGAGAUGAUGGGGAUGACACCAUGGAAGAGGAGGGUGAGGACGAUGCUGGAGAUAGAGGUGAUGAUGGGAUGGAGGAGGAAGAGGGGGAUGAUGCUACCGAUGGGGAUGAUGAUUUCCCACAUGCCUACUUCUUUGUCAGGUACUUAUGUGACAAUGAGGGUUGCUGGGGUAUGCUUGCUCCAUUGCCACCGUCACCGAAUGGGGACCUGUCCCAUGUGUUUGAAUGCAAUCUCUGUGGGAAGCUAAGGAAGGAAGAGGAUGCCAUGCCUGAUGAGGGCACUUCUGGCAUGGUCCAUUAG